GGGUUUUAGCAUUACCCCUCGUCAGGGGAGGCUUUAAAAGGGUGGGGGCUCGUGGCUCUUCUCACUCUGACAACAGGACCUAAGGGCAUCAGAGCAAGACAAGAUGACUCACCACUGCACCAAGUUCUCCGGGCACUGGAAGAUCAUUGUCUACGAUGAAGAGUGCUUCCAGGGCCGCCACCAUGAGUUCACCUCUGAGUGCUGCAAUGUGAUGGAGUUUGGCUUCGAGAGUGUGCGCUCCCUCAGGGUGGAGAGUGGAGCCUGGGUGGGUUAUGAGCAUGCCUCCUACCAGGGACAGCAGUUCAUCCUGGAAAGGGGCGAGUACCCCCAGUGUGAUGCUUUUGGAGGUAGCAAUGCCUAUCACAUUGAGAGGAUGACUUCCUUCAGACCUAUCGCCUGUGCUAACCACAGAGAGUGUCGUAUGACUAUCUUUGAGCGUGAGAACUUCAUGGGCCGUAAGGGUGAGCUCAGUGAUGAUUAUCCCUCACUGCAGGCCAUGGGCUGGUGCAACAAUGAAGUUGGAUCUCUCAGGGUCCAGUCAGGAGCAUUUGUCUGCUACCAGUACCCUGGUUAUCGUGGCUACCAGUAUAUCAUGGAGUGUGAUCGUCACUGUGGGGAGUACAAACACUUCAGGGAGUUUGGCUCCCAUUGCCAGACCCCUCAGAUCCAGUCCAUCCGCCGUAUUCAGCAGUAACAGCCUACCCAUGAAAUGAACCCAAUCAUUUGACCCUUUACACCUGACCUCUGCUGCCUUCUGAUGCUGAAUAAACUGUUUUUCUUAAAUCCUA